AACCCGUACCGGCUAUACGUGAUACGUGACGGUGCCCGAAAAUGUCUCCAGCACCUUCCCACCUCACCGGCGCUGACGCGACGGCGGAACCAUUCCGCAUCUACGUGGGCUACGACUCCCGCGAGGACAUCGCAUACCGCGUCUGCCGGCGGUCACUCCUGCGCCGCUCCUCCGUGCCGCUGGAGGUCAUCCCGAUCGUCCAGCAGGAACUCCGCGAGGCUGGGCUGUACUGGCGGGAGCGCGGGCCGACGGAGAGCACAGAGUUCUCCUUCACCCGCUUCCUG